ACUUUCACUCUUCCCCGUGUGACGGCGCAACACGAAUUCGGUCUUUAAGUCUGUUGAUAAUUCGAUUGAUCAGGAGAAUGGAUCAUUGACCCCUCUGAAAUCUGUGAAAAUCCCAUUAAAUCCCAUCAUCGGUCAAACUCAGAUGAAUAAGCCUCUGAUGUUUAUUAACAUUUUAACAUUAUGGAGACUGCAGUUCCAGUGCCUGAGCUGAGAGUUGUUUUGCUGGGGAGCAGCUGGUCUGACAAGAGUUUGCUGGGGAACUUACUACUAGGAGAGACCAUAUUUUCCACUGAAGAAGAACUCAACUUCUUUGUGAGAUUCAAAAGAAAGUUUAAUGAGACAGAAAUAGUUCUUGUUAACAGUCCAGAUCUCCUUCAUCCUAACAUGACCCAAAAAGAACAAGUAGAAAAUUUUAUAGAAUUCUCUUUUCCUGGACCGCAUGUGUUCCUGCUGGUUCUAAAGCCUGAAAACUUUACAGAGGAGCAUAAAAAGAAGCUGGAAUCAUUUUUUGAAAAUUUCUGUGAUCAAGAAUUUAAACAUUCACUAGCAGUUAUAAAACUCCAAGCAGAAAAAUCACAUUCAACAAAGACCUUUCAGCAAAACCUACUGUUAAGAGACACUGUUGAAAAAUGUAGAGCCAAAUUGUUGUGGGACGAGAACCUUCUACAACAGCAGCUGUUAUCAACCAUGGGCAGCAUAGUGAAGGAGAACAAUGGAGAUUAUCUCAGUUUGGAUAUUUACAAAGAACCAACAAGUGGCAUUCUGAGUGAGCAUCAAGCAAGGAGAAAAUUAAAUCAAGGAGGGCUAGUCGGUGAGAGCUUGAAUCCUGUUAAGGUUACUGCACACGCAAUGAGGAUCAUGCUGGUCGGAAAGAACGAAGACAAAAAAAGACUGCUGGGAAAUAUUAUCACUGAAAAAAGUAGUCUAACUAAAGACUUUCUGGCAGCCAGUGGUGAAUGGAACAGAAACCCAAUAACAGUAGUGAAAUGUCCAGACUUGUUCAGGCUACGUGUGGAAUCUGUGAGACGAGAGCUGAAGAAGUGCGUGAGUCUUUGUCCUCCUGGACCAAAUGUCCUGAUGUUAGUGAAACCUUCGGACUUCUCUGAAGAGAACAGAAAAACUCUCAAGUUCAUCCUGAGUUUGUUUGGUCAAGACGCCUUUAAACAUUCAAUGGUUGUCUUGACACACAAUGAAAAAGUGAAUAACACAGUGCAAAGGCUAAUCCAAGAUUGCAAAGAAAGGGUGCACAGAUUUGGUAUUGAUAAAAAAGAUUUAAAAAAAGACAGACAAGAACUGAUGGAGAAAACUGAAAAAAUCCUGAGUGAGAAUAGAGAAGGAUAUUUAACUUUAAAUGAAGAGGCAGAACUUCUGAACCUGGUGUUGUGUGGUACAAAAGGAGUUCAGAAGACCUCAGUAAUCAAUGCUAUUCUGGGACAAAGAAAGUUUGAUCCACCUGCCAACACAUCAGAAUGUGUUAAACAUCAGGGAGAGGUGUGUGGACGUUUGGUUUCCCUGGUAGAUCUGCCUGCCUUGUAUGGAAAACCUCAGAAGGAAGUGAUGGAAAAAUCACUUAGAUGUAUCUCCCUCUGUGAUCCUGAGGGUGUCCAUGCCUUCAUCCUGAUCCUACCCGUGGGUCCCCUCAGUGAUGAAGAUAAGGGAGAGUUAGAGACCAUACAGAAGACAUUCAGCUCUAAAGUUGAUGACUUCACCAUGAUUCUGUUCACUGUGGACUCAGAUCCUACAGCUCCAGCUGUUGUGAAGUUUCUAAUGGAAGACAAGCAAAUCCAUGAUCUCUGUGAGAGCUGUGGAGGAAGAUUUGUUGUUCUCAACAUGAAGGACAAGAAAAAUGUUUUAAGCAGUGUAGAAAAAAUUACUCAGAAAAAAGGCAAAUUGUGCAGCUACACAACUGAAACAUUUACAUAUGCACAAAUAGAAAAGAUCAUAGAAAAAGAGAAACAGAUCGCUGAUUUGGAGGGUGAACUUAACGACCUGAAAACAAAGACUACAGUAAGCUAUGAUGAAGAGAUUAAGAGUCCAGACUGUCUCAGGAUUGUGCUGAUUGGAAAGACUGGCUGUGGAAAGAGCACUUCAGGAAACACCAUUCUCGGAAGAAAAGAGUUUAUAUCAGAAACAUGUUCAACCUCAGUCACAAAAUUUUGUCAGAAAGCACACAGUGAAAUAGAUGGUCGUCCUGUUGUUGUGGUCGACACUCCUGGAUUGUUUGACAGCAGUUUGACCUAUGAAGAGGUUAAUGACGAGAUCACAAAAUGUAUCAGUCUUUUGGCUCCAGGACCACAUGUCUUCCUACUGGUUGUACAGAUUGGCAGAUUCACACCAGAAGAGAAGGCAACACUGGAACUCAUCAAAAAGGUAUUUGGAAAAAAUUCUGAGAAGUUCACCAUUGUUCUUUUCACAAGAGGAGAUUCACUGGAACACGAGGAAAUGACAAUAGAAGAUUACACACACAAAAAAUGUGAUCAUUCCUUGAAGAAGCUGAUCUCUGACUGUGGAGGAAGAUACCAUGUGUUCAAUAAUUAUAAUAAGCAAAGUCACUCACAAGUGAAUGAGCUGAUAACAAAAAUUGACAACAUGGUGAAGAAAAAUGGAGGUAGCUGCUUCACCAAUGUGAUGCUGCAAGAUGCUGAAGCAGCAAUAAAGAAGGAGAUGCAGAGGAUUCUCAAGGAUAAGGAAGAAGAGAUGAAGAGACAGCAGGAAAAGCUUCAAAGUACAUAUGAGGAAAGAAUCCAGUCCAUGAAAAAAAGAAUGGAAGAACAGAAAGCAGAAAUUGAUCAGGAAAUAAAGCUGAGAGACGAACAACUCAAAAAACUGCAGGACAGCAUCCGCAUUCAGUCUGAAGAGAGGAAGAAAGAACAAGAAAUUAGAGACGAAGAAGACAGGAAGAAAACAGAAAAGGAACAACUUCAAAGACAGGAGUGGCAACAAAAAAUGCAAGAACUGGAAAAAAGACUAAAAUCAGAGUCAGAAUCUAGGGAAACAAUUUAUAGAGAUCGUGAAGUGUACAGAGAAAAAAUAAGAGUGCAACAAGAAACUUGGGAGAAGGAAAGAAAAGAACUGAAAGAAAAACGUAAACAAGAAGAUGAACAGAAAGAAAAGAAAAUCAGCGAGCUCCAACAAAAUUACAAACAAGAAAAAGAAAAAAUUGAACUAGAAAGAAAGGAAAAAGAAGAUAAAAUGAAAAGAGAACAGGAAGGGAAGCUUAAAGACUUGGAGGAGAACUAUCAGAAACAAAUUGAGAACAUGCAGGAGAAGUUUAAAGAAGAGGCCAGAAAAAAAGCUGAAGAAUUCAAUGAUUUCAAAGAAAAACAGGAGAAUGACUUUGCAGCACUGAUUUUAAAACACAUUGAAGAGGUGAAGAGUCUGAAGGAGCAAUAUGAGACUGACAUGCUGGAAAAGAAGAAGGAAUAUGGAAGAUUAAAGAAUCUGUCAGAACACAAAGAAAAUAGUCUAAAGGAAGAGAUGGAUGACCUGCUGGGUAAACAUAAAGGGGAAAUGGCUGAGUUAAUAGUGAUACUCCUGACUCAAAAGAAAGAAAACAAGGAAAAACUAAAAAAACUACAGAAAUCGUAUAGAACAGAGAUGGAAAAGUAUGAAAAAAAACUUUCAAAAGAGAACCAAGAAGAAGAGAAGGAAAAAAUUGGUAAACUACAGAAGAAACAAAAAGAGGAAAUCAAAAAUUUGAAAGCAAACCUAGGAACUAAAAACAAAGAGGAACAGAGAACACAAAGAAACAGGCUGUCCAUCAAACAUGAACAAGAAAUGUCAGAUAUGAAACAAAAACUCUUAGACCAACAACAACAAAGAAAGAAGGAAGAAUUCUAUAACUUACAAAAAGAACAUGACAAAAAACUGAAGGGAUUCAAAGAAGAGCUUCUAGCUGAAAGUGAAACAAAUCAGAGAGAAAAAAUGGAUGCACUAUACACCAAACACGAAAAGGAAAUGGAUGAAUUGAAAAAGGAAUGUGGGAUGCAAGAUGAAGACAGUAUCAGAGAAGAAAUGGAUGAAAUGCAGAAAAAACAUUAUAAAGAGAUGAGUGAGUUGAAAGAAAAACUUUGGACUUCAGAGGAGAAACAGUCCUGCUUCGUCUCAUAAAUAAAACUGCUAAGUCAAAAAAGAGAGCUAUUUUAAGCCUGGAAGAAUGCAACACAUAACAAAACUUAAACCCAUGAAUUGUUUUCUUUGUCUUUUUUACAAUCUCUUGUAACAUCAGGUAAUAUCACUGUCAUAGAUACAACAUGGCCAACUUUCAAUCUGUCCUAAAGAGGGAAGAUAAGUUUAGACAAGUCCUAAUUUGAAAUUAAAUAAUUUCACUAAGUAAAACUUACAUGGUCUGUUGGUACAAUUAACUGCACAGAGUCAUAUUAUUUUAUUUUAAUAAUAUUUUAUUUAAAAUGUUCAAAAAAGGCACCAACACCACAAAUACAGUCAACAGCUGCAAGUUGUCUAAGUUAAAGCCUAACAGUUGUCAGUUUUCUUAGCAUAUGAAUGCCAUAUAACAUAUAAUUAUCAAGUAUGGGUUAAUACCAUUUGAACAGGAGGGUUACAUAAUGAUCCCACCCCUACAAUGGCACAGUUGUUGCAUCUUUUGUAUCAGGCUGUUUAUUUCUGUUAAUCUGGACAUCUUAACAGAAUUCUGUGGGAACUGGUUCAGUAUUGGAACUGCGCAAAGAACGUGCUGUGUACACCUAUGUUGUUUGUUAUGUUUAUUUCCAUUACACUAAAUGUUAUUGUGUAGUAUUGUAAGUGUACAUUUAUUGAUGCUCUACUUUCAAGAAUUCCCGUCCAGUCCCCCUUAUUACCUUCAUAUGUACAAACAGUGCUGUCUUACCUUUAGUUCCUUAAGGACCAUGUUUUAUGCUUUGCCUUUUGGAUUUCAUGUUUUGAGACCAAAGAUAGACCCAGAAAACAUUAUGUACACUGUAAAUGAUACUGUUUAUUGUGAAAGAGAUUGAAAUCCCCUGGCUCAUUUCCAUCCAAAAGUGAAAUAAAAGGACUUAACAUCCAUCCUUUUUAUGGGUAAAGUGACACAGAGUGUUAAAACAGUCUAUCUAUAUGUAAUUCUGCUAAUAGUAAAUAUUUUUUAAUUCUAAUUUAAAACUCAAAUAUAAAUGCAAUUUAUAUGAUCAAUGAGAAAUGUAUUUUGAGUAAUGGAAAUUAUUGGAAUGCCUACAUUUGUGUGCAUUAGGAUAAGGGGAGAGAGGGCUUAAGUGGCCAGUGACUGCAUUGUCAUGACAAAUGAUCCUAUUUAUCAUACCUAACCAUUUUGUGGACUUUUAUUUUCUUGGCUUUUUAAAUAACAUUUUAAAAAAUGUGAGGCUGGCUGCAGGAAUGUGGAAGAUAAGAAAUGUGACUGAAUAAGAGAAAUUAUACUAAUUUUUUGUGACUGAAUGAACACAGAAUCAUAGUUUAUAUGUGACUUUGCCAGCAGUUAAUCAUGAAUAAUUCUAAUCAAAAUACAAUCAAGUAUAGGUUUAACCAACAUAAUGAAUAAGAAAAUAUAACCUGAGUAAUAAAAUGAUUUUAAUAA